AUGUCUUCUACCGAUACACCCCGAAUCUCUUCUUCUCUCCGCGAAGCCGCGCGUGCUGUGUUUGAGAUGACAGAACAUAACAGACGGAUCCAGCAGCGCCAACUCGAUGAUGCGCUGAAUAUGAGACAAGCCUUCGACUCCUUGGAUCAAAACAUGGACGAGCUUGAGAUGAUGACUAUGCACCUUCGCCGUGUACCCGACUCUGAGUCGUACUUCUAUCAGGCUCAGCAGCAUAUUCACUCGUUCCGCCUUAUACGAAAUGAUCUCAAGAACACCGUCAUAUCCAUCAGCGACGCCGACCUGAAACAUGCUGAGGAAAUGCAGUUCAGUUAUUCCCAGUUUCUGAGCCAUAUCUCUUGCUACACUGGUGAUGACACUCAAGCCCUGGCAUCACUCAAGACCAUUAUCGGAAAGUUCGACGCCUUUCAUCCACAACAACGCCAGCGACUUGCAACCAUGCACAAUCAGCUCGAUAGCUUCAACCUCGUCCUGAACAAGAUGGCCGCUUUUAAACACGGGUUGGAGGAACAGGGGUUGAUCUGA